AGAGAGUGAGGAGGCUGUGUCUGGCUCCCGCUCUCACAGCCAUUGCAGUACAUUGAGCUCCAUAGAGACAGCGCCGGGCCAGGCAGAGCCGGUCGGCACUGGGCGACUCUGUGCCUCCCGGAUGAAAUAAAAAGAUAACAACAUGGACAAAGGCGAUCCUAAGAAGCCGAGAGGUAAAAUGUCAUCAUAUGCAUUUUUUGUGCAAACUUGCCGGGAGGAACAUAAGAAGAAGCUCCCAGAUGCCUCUGUCAAUUUCUCAGAGUUUUCGAAGACCAUGUCUGCUAAAGAGAAGGGGAAAUUUGAAGACAUGGCUAAGGCGGACAAGGCCCGUGAUGAGAGAGAAAUGAAAACUUACAUCCCUCCUAAAGGGGAAACAAAAAAGAAGUUCAAGGAUCCCAAGGCACCCAAGAGGCCUCCUUCGGCCUUUUUCUUGUUCUGCUCUGAGUAUACCCCCAAAAUCAAAGGCGGGCACCCUGGCCUGUCCAUCGGGGAUGUUGCAAAGAAGUUGGGAGAAAUGUGGAAUGCCACUGUGGCCGAUGACAAGCAGCCUGAGGAGAAGAAGGCCGCAAAGCUGAAGGAAUAUGAAAAGGAUAUCGCUGCAUACUGGGUUAAAGGGAAGCCCGAUGCUGCCAAAAAGGGAGUCGUCAAGGCCGAGAAAAGCAAGAAAACGAAGGAGGAAGAGGAGGACGAAGAUGAUGAGGAAGAUGAAGAGGAGGAAGGUGAUGAUGAUGAAUAA